AUGGCAGGCAGCCAGAGCAACUCUGGCGAUACAGACGCUGAUGUUCAAGAGCAACUACUCAACUAUCCAUCCGAACGCAAUACAAGCAAGCGCGCAGAAACUAUAUCCCCAGGAGCGAAGUUUACUGCUGAACACCUUAUGCGACACUGUCCAUACACAGUCACGUUUGACUAUAUCAACCCAUCUCUCUGGGGUGUACCCGCACCAGAGGAUGCAGACGAGACGCACGCAACAACCUGGGUCGCGAAGGCUAUCCACGACUACCAUGUAGGAAUGGAAUGGGAUGAGAGACUAUACUUCGACUACCAAUGGGACUUUGAAGGAUGGACACGAGAGCUAUUCCAGAAGGUUGAGCGCACUACGCUAAGAUCUCUGAAGACUGUGCUCCGGUAUAGGGGAGUCUAUACAGGCAAAUUUCGGGCUAGAGUAGCUGAUUCCCUCUUCAACUUACUAGGAGGAGAAAACGCUCCCGAAUGGGACCCUGCAGAGUUCAAGGCCGAGAAGUUUGACGAACGUUCUGAGGCGUACCAGCGUCAGCAGAACGCACAUCUAGCAGCCCCUAUAGAUAGACAAGCGCAGCAGCCACUGCAACAGACGCAGCCACUGGAACCGCUACAGCCGCAGCCACAACGUCCGUCACAGGGCGAGCAGUAUAGAGUGAGACAAGGCGUUCGAAGCCACCCGCAAUAUCAAGAGCUACAACAACCGCCCUACGCGAUCAAUGCCUAUGCAGGACCACAGCCUCGACAAACGGAGCAGGCUAUGCAACCACAACAAUGGUACCCGCAGACACAGACACGACCCCCAGCGACCGCAUACCGCGAGGUGACACCUUUCCCUCAGCAACCUACAAACCGAGUACCUGACAGACCCCUUGGCCUACCACAUGACCCGUACAAGACGCUACCGCCGCGAUGGUCUCGCAACGAUCGGCUCGAAGCCAAUACGAUCACGCAGUUCUCUAAGCUAUGGGACAAUAGCAACAAGUAUACAGGGAAUGCGUACGAUCUCCUAGACGAUAAGAUUAAGAUCUUCUUCAGCAUCUGCUGGCAGGUAGAUAUCCAGGAGGAGCAGUUUCACGCAGUGUUUCCCCGUAUCCUUACCGGGCGUGCAGAGACGUUCUACAUACAGGUUGUAGAGAGAGAUGAUAGCUUUGCUGAUGCGUACAUGGCAAUCAAAAACCACUUCGACCAUGACGUCCAUCACCAGCACUACUACACAGACUGGACGACUACAACCUUCGCUCGCACCCGCGCAGAGAACCCUGAUAAGGGACUACACGAGGUUCUGCAGAUCCUGCUUGACAAGCUGCAGCUAUGCCAGCGUGCCCUUGGCAAGAACUUUGAGGGUGAGGAUGCCCUCCGCACUACGGUCAUCAAUGCCUGCCGAGGAGUACCAGAACUUGAGAUGGCACUGUUCAAGCCAGCCACAAUCUGUGAAGGACUCUUCUCAGAUCUACGAUCCGCAGUGGAAACACACCUAGCACGGCAACACACCGCCCAGUUGGUCACAGAAGAUCAAUACUACCUAGACCGCCGAUACAACGGCAAUGGAAGGAUCCGAGGUGGAUCUCGAGGUGGAGGAGGAUUCAGAGGCGGAUCCAGAGGAGCAUACCGAGGAGGCGAGCAGCGCGACGACAACGGACGAGGAUUCAAGCCACGUUGGAGGAAGAAAUGCUUUGUUUGCCGGAAGGAAGGAUGCUGGUCUACCAACCACACAGAUAAAGAGCGCAAAGAUGCCCGUGCGCAGUUCUUCUCUACGCUAUACUUUACAGGUGCACAGCCCCCUGAGGACUUCUCCGUACAUCUUGCAGAAUACGAAGGGAUCGAGCACACCAGCCAGUACAAUCAGAGAGGCUGGAGAGAGGAGGAAGACUGCGAGGAUGACGAGGAUGACGACGUCGCGGAAGCACAUUCUGAACACCAGUUCUUCAAGGAGCAAUGCCUUGCAGACCAGGCGUUCUUGCAUCAUAUCUCGGGCGACGACAUAUACAGCCGAGACGCGCCGUCAGCACCAGCAUCGCAGUUCCUGCUUGAGGACCGCUACACACGAUCUGUGUACCAAGGAAUCCUACCAGAUACAGGCGCUGCAAACGUAUCCACGGUCGGCAAGGAGCAAUACCUCGCACUUACGAGAGAAGAUCCGACGGUUAAGUUAGACACAUCUACAGCAGGGAAAGCGUCUAUUAAAUUCGGAAAAGGCGAGGCUACAGCGUCGAUUGGCACCGUGCAGGUCUCUACGGAGAUCGGAAAAAUCAACUUCGAAGUGCUCGAGGCGCCUACGCCGUUCUUGCUAUGCCUUGCAGACAUGGACCGCUUAAAGGUAUACUUCAACAAUACGACAGACGAGCUGGUUCAGGAUGACGUACACAUCCCGGUGAUUCGCAAAUGGGGACAUCCUUGGUUCCAUCUAAACAAGAGAGAGAGAGCAACUAUGUUCCUAACGGAGACAGAAUUGCGACGGCUCCAUCGACGGUUUGGACACCCAGCUGUUACGCGACUAGUCAAACUCUUAAAGGAUGCUGGCCAUAACGACUUCGAAGAAAGAACCCUAGAAGAAGUCACUAAGUUCUGCCACCACUGCCAGCUCCACAGCUCCGCGCCGCGCCGAUUCAAAUUCACUCUUAAGGAUGAUCACCACUUCAACUAUGAGAUCCUGGUGGACGUAAUGUACCUAAGCAACAAACCUGUACUGCAUGUGGUCGAUUCCUCAACAGCGUUUCAAGGCGCGAGGUUCCUCAGCGCUAUCUCAGCUAAAGAAACAUGGCAAGCACUGCGGAUACUAUGGAUCGACACCUACCAGGGACCACCCGACAUCAUCACGCAUGAUGCAGGUACUAACUUCGCGAGCGCAGAGUUCCGCGCAGAAGCAAAGAUCAUGGGAGUCACAUGCAAGCAAGUACCUACGGAGGCGCACUGGUCUAUCGGCAAAACUGAGAGGUACCAUGCCCCUCUACGCCGGGCAUGGGACAUACUCCAUGCAGAACUCACUGACACUAUGUCCGACGACGCGAUUCUCCAGAUGGCUGUGAAGGCUGUUAACGAUACUGCUGGCCCUGAUGGACUAGUCCCGACGUUACUAGUCUUUGGAGCGUACCCACGAAUGACUGCAGAGUCACCGCCAUCACCAUCAAUGGUCAAACGCAGCGAGGCUAUUCAAAAGGCGACGAAAGCCCUGCGCAAGCUCACUGCAGAGCGCCAAGUUGCAGACGCCUUGAACACCCGCAAUGGACCAGCCACUGCAGACAUGCUCGCGCUCCCACUCCAGAGCGAAGUCUUAGUAUGGAGAGAGAGUGAUGGCUGGAAUGGCCCGUACAAGAUCGCCAGUACAGAUGGCCACAACAUCACUGUCGACAUGGUUAAUGGUCCAGCGACAUUCAGAUCAACUGUCGUUAAGCCAUACUACAGACCAGACCACCUGUGGAGCGACCCUGAUGCGCCACACGCGCCGAAUGAGCCGAAUGAGCCGCACGAGCCGAUAGCAGUACCUCCGGCAGCGCAACCACGUAGAAGAGGCCGCCCUCCAGGGUCAAAGAACAAGCGGAAGGCGCACGCGUACAUCACCAAGAAGGAGCAGGACGAUCUUGAGCUAGCUAUCAAGCUACGGAACGAUGGCGUGAUCACAACCUCAGGCGCCCCCUUUGAAGCGUCUGAUGACCAAGAGAUCAGCGACCUAGUAGGUCGUGGAGUCUUCAAGUUUGAGCAAUACGACGAGAGGCUACACAGCAAGAUCCGGAUCUUUAAGUCACGCCUAUCGCCAACCAUCCAGCGAUGUAGCCAGCGCCUGAUUAUGUCGCUGGCGCCUGGGCUAGUACAAAGCGGCAUGAGCGUUGAGCUACGUGAUAUUACGCAGGCAUACCCACAGGCUCAGACAACACUGAAGAGGACGAUACUCGCACACCUCCCUACCGAGCUGGUACAUCGAUAUCCAGAAGGCACGAUACUCCACGUGAUCAAGCCACUAUAUGGGAUCGCGGAGGCAGGAGUCCACUGGUGGACAACAUAUCACGGACACCACUGCAAGGAACUAGAUAUGUCAACAUCUACGUACGACCCAUGCCUGUUGAUCACGAACAGCGACGACGCAGACGUCUUCGGCAUCGUCGGUAUGCAGACAGACGACACCCUCAUGCUCGGAACGACCGCGUUCUUAUCACGCGAAGAGAAAAAGAUCCAGAAGGCGCAGUUUAGAUCAAAACCAAAGGCUAUGCUGACACCAGAGGUGCAGUUAGACUUUAAUGGAUGUACACUUACGAUGGACGCCAGCAGAGUCUUAAUCCUCAGGCAGAAAGGACAAGGAGGAAGGAUCAGGCUUGUUGAUAUUAGGGCACCCGACCGCGCGCAACAGUACACCGAGCAACGCGCCCGCGGAGCGUACAUCGCAUCAACAUGCCAACCAGAGGCAUCAUUUGAUCUGUCCGUAGCUGCUCAAGCGCAGCAACCAUCAGACGAGGACAUUAAGGCACUCAACAAGCGCCUGAAAUGGCAGAUGGAGAAUCUCACUCGUGGCCUACGCUACGUCACUGUCAACCUUACGGAGGCUAAGUUGAUAGUCUUUGUAGACGGCUCCUUUGCCAACAACAAGGACCUCAGCUCACAGCUAGGCUUUGUCCUCAUGCUCGUCAACGAGUCCAUUGGCGCCAACACCUUCACAAUACAAGGCAACGUGAUCCACUACAGCUCUACAAAGUGCAAGCGCAUCACACGGAGCGUACUGGCCUCAGAGAUCUACGGCAUGGUCAACGGCUUUGACAUAGGCAUCGCGGUUGCAACCACGCUAAGGAUAGUUACAGAACGACUUGGACUACCUGCAAUUCCCUUGGUUAUCUGUACAGACUCGUACUCCUUGUACGAGUGCCUAGUAAAGCUUGGGACAACGAAGGAGAAGCGCCUCAUGAUCGAUAUUAUGGCGCUGCGCCAAUCAUAUGAGCGUCGCGAGAUCACGGAGAUCCGCUGGAUCAAUGGCGAAGACAAUCCUGCAGACGCCUUCACGAAGGCAUCGCCAAACCGCGCUCUUGAACGCUUUAUUGACGGCAAUAAGCUGACAGUCCGAGUAGAUGGAUGGGUGCAGAGGCCAACAAGCUUUGAUGUUUAAUGCUAUACACUGUCACUACCGAUACAAGCAGAGUUACUAGCUAUCCAGAAAGAAAAGACUUCCAGUGUCGGAUCGUGAGUAUCGGUAGAGACGUCGGCUGCUGGACACUUCGGCCCGACUUCGGCCCACCUUGCGCAAGAGCUUAGGUAUACCUUCGUAGCACCUAUGUUCGUAGAUAUCAAUUAGAACCACCGAACAGAAUGCAUUCC